AUGAAAACAAUGGCCAAAAGGGGAGCACUAGUGGUGUUGGAAGGCGUGGAUAGAGUGGGAAAGUCUACACAAGCGCUCAGACUGUCGGAAGCGCUGAAGACUAUGUCCUGUCCGACACAUUUGGUCCGAUUCCCUAACCGAUUGACACCAAUCGGGCAAAUGAUUAGCCAAUACUUGAAGGGCGGCCAACAACUGGACGAUCGGGUGAUUCACCUCUUGUUUUCGGCCAAUCGGUGGGAAAUGAGGGAACAGUUGGAAGAGCUGUUGUCGAGCGGGACGUCAGUGAUCGCCGACCGAUACGUGUAUUCGGGUGUCGCGUAUUCGGCGGCCAAACCGUCGCUGGACUUGGAGUGGUGUCGACUCGCGGAUAGAGGUCUCCCGAAACCCGAUUCUGUCCUCUAUUUGACGGCUUCUGAGGACUCGAUCGCCGCCAGAGAGGGCUUCGGAGACGAAAGAGGUCUCCCGAAACCCGAUUCUGUCCUCUAUUUGACGGCUUCUGAGGACUCGAUCGCCGCCAGAGAGGGCUUCGGAGACGAAAGGUAUGAAACGAAAGCAUUUCAACAAAAGGUGCGAAACAAUUACGAGAAACUCAAAGAAGACUAUUGGCAGACAAUCAGUGCCGAUAAGUCUGAGGACGAGUUACACAAAGAACUCUUGGAUUCUGUGCUGAAGACCAUUGAGAGAGUGAAGAAUUCCGACGACAACACAAUUCAUAAGCUAUGGCUCGACUCAUAGUCUAUAAAAUUUACACAAUUUUCAAUUUUUAAACUCAAUUUUAUGUUGAAUUUUAUUUUUGAUAAUCAAAUAUUAGGUAUAUUUUUCACUUUUUUGAUC